UGUUUCAAAUGGAAAUAAUUGUCAGCAAGGAGUUGACCUAUUUGCAUGCCAUGAAACUGAUGAAGCUUUUUUCAACGCAUAUCUCUUAGUUAUUAAAACCGGAAUUUCUAGACAAGUGUACGGCGCCACGAAAGAAAUGGAGAGCAAAGGACUGUAAAAUAACAUUUCAAGACUCAGUUAUUUGAGGAUGCUAGAUCUGAUAUCAAUUAAUGUAUUUGUUCAAUUUUUAUGAGGAAAAAAAUGUUAGCAUGAGAUUUUGAUAUGAAUUCAGUGCCACCAGCCGCUGAUUCGCUUAAAGAUAUUUUCAAGCAGACAAUGCUUGAUCAAGAAAUCAUAUUCAGAAAACAGGUUCGUGAGCUCCAUCGUUUUUAUAUUGUUCAGAAGUCUCUAAUGAAGGAUCAUACACCCCUGGAGCUUGAAACGAACAAUUCAUGGAAAUCAAAUGCUCAAUCAUUUCCCCGAGAAACUGGACUCCCAACAAAUUCGGUUCGCAUGUUGGACUCGAGAGUGUCUUCUAGUCUGGAGUUAUCAGAAGGUUGGCAGGGCAAUAGCUAUAAAUUUCAGCCAAGGCCUUUCAAUCUUCAACUUAUACCUGAUCAGUUUAUGACUCUCGCGGAUGAUAAUCUUCCAAAGGAAGUAAAGGUUGGGGAUCACUUAAAGGAAUACAUGGAUGUAAAUUCUCUCCAUGGCGGUCAUUUCUCGGAUCCACUGGAGUUGAGGCUUUCUCUAAGCCUUGGAGUGGCGGAAGGAAAACAGGAAGAUAAAGACCGAAGUAGGUAUGACAAGAAAACUAAUGCCUGCUCUAAAAUUUUCAUUGAUUUGGAGGAAUCUACGGAGCUGACCACGAAUGAAGAUGAAAAACAUUCAUCUUUUGAUGCUGCUGAAGUUACUUAUUCUGGAAGGAACCAUGAUUCACAAGUUUCAAUAAUUUCCGAUCCAAUCACUUCAGGAUGCAUGAAAAUUGAUUUAUCUCAUGAGAUAGCUAUGACUAGCUCCUUUGUUGGUGAUAGCAACCGGCAAGAGCGGAGGUAUUCUGUUCAAGGAUUAAAACACAGUGAAAAUAUGUCACAUGGAAAACUUUUGACCGGGAAGCAGCAGCUUGCUUCAUGUAGAGUGGGAUGUGUGGACCUUAAUAAAGUUCAGCUUGAUGAUUCGUCCUGUCACUCAGAUGAUGUCGUACUGGUUCGUCACUUGAUUAACUCCAAUCAUCAAGACCGGGGAAGAAAAUUUCAAGUCAAAAGUUCUGUUAACAGUGCAAGGAAUGAAUGUCAAACAAGCUUUAUUAGUCCUGCAUCUGAAUCCGGGCUCCAAACUAAAAUGUCCGAGGACAGUGGCAGCCACGAUGGAAACUUAAAGAUUGGAAGGGAUGAUAUGAUGCUGAAACUACAAAAUGGUCAUGUUCACGUUUUGGACCCUGCACGUGUAGUUGCUAUACAGUCAGGUUGUGAGAAGACUGGAGAAGGGGACAACGUGUUACAUUCUGAUAAAAUGCUAAUUACCGUUGAAGAUGAACAUCCCAAUAGGUCUUCUCCUUCAGGGAAGUCUAGCUGCAUUUCCGACGAUGAUUCUAGUCCUAUAAAGAUUAUGGAAUCUGGAAUGCAACCCUAUAAUUCAAAUCUUGCUGAUUCUGAUCAGUUUUCAGGAAUCAAUGGGAGAUCUAAAGUUGCAGAAAGUCUAUCAGGUGUGCAGGAUCAAAGAUCUUCUGGUAGUAAUGGAAUAAAACACGAAUGUUACAAUAACAGAGUAGAAUCAGCUGAAGUUGAUAAUUUGAUCCAAAUAGCAGCUGAAUCACUAUCUCUCUGAAGAACUCAGCUUGCCAUCAGGAAUCUUCAACCCAGACAGCAUCCAACGAGCAAGAGAAUGAGGACAAGGAGCAGUCACAGUGUUCCUUUCAUUCAUUCAACUUAAUGACUUUGAAACAGGCAGAAAACAGCGCUGAUGAUUAUUCUAUUUUGUCGAAGCCGUUUGAAUGGAGCGAUGGGCUGACAAAAGACUUCGGCCCCAAGUUGAGAAGAGGAAGGAGACUGAAGGAUUUUCACAAGGACAUACUUCCGGGUCUCACAUCUCUUUCUAGACAUGAAAUUAGUGAAGACAUAAACAUUCUCGAGGGAGUUUUAAGAUCAAGGGAGUACAAGAAAAUGAGGGCUGAGAUGGCUAAUGGAGAGAGGUGGUGCAAACCGGUGAGAAGCAGACGGUCAAGACUCAAUUAUGUUGGAAGAAAAACUUUUAGAUGAUGUUCAAGUGUACGUUCGAAUCUUCUUCAGAUUUUUAACAUUUACGUAUUGUUUAAUCCGAUAUCUGUGUAACUGCGAAUCAUCUUUAAGCCCAUUCAUUGAUUUAGAGAUA